AUGGAGGAUUUCAACGAGGAGGCCAAUGUCGUCCCAGCAUUCCCGGUUUCAGAACUCUACUUUUUGAUAGCGAAAUUUCUCUCCGGGGGUCCGCUGAAAGAGACUGCGAAGACACUGCUGAAAGAGUUGGAGAGCGUAGAGGUGCUGCCUCGGCGACUUGACUGGGAGGGCGUCGAACAUCCCCAAUCAUUUAAUGAAUUGGAUUCGCAAUACUCAGAGAUAUCAUGGCGUCGCCUGGCGUCAGUCUGCGAGCGAGCCCUUCGUCUAGCCAGAUCCACAUCCUGCUUACCACAGCCCGGCACCGAUGGCAAGUUGCUGGGUGCUCGCCUCUCACUCCUCAGUGAGACGCUAGUGAGACCUAAGCCACAGUAUGCAUCGUUUAAGGAAGAUCACACUCUCGUGCGGCGGCUGGUGUCUCGCGAGCUGGGCGCGGGCGCCCUGCGCGGGGCCGGGGGCGCGGGCCCGGGCGCCGCCCCCGCCGCGCCGCGCCCCUUCCCCGCGCGCCUGCUGGCCGGCCUAACGCUGCAGCGCCGCACGCUGGGCCACCUGUCCGCCGUCUACUGCCUCGCCUUCGACCGCACCGGCCGCUACGUGCUCACCGGUGCCGAUGACUUGUUGGUCAAAGUAUGGAGUGCUGUGGACGGACGCUUGGUCGCUACGCUGCGGGGCGCCGGUGCGGAGAUUACCGACGUAUGUGUGUCACCGGACGGCGCGUUGUUGGCCUGUGGGUCUGUGGAGCGCCUCGUUCGAGUGUGGUGCCUGGUCACGGGAGCCCCUCGGGCCGUACUACACGCGCACGCCGGGACCAUUACCUGUGUACAGUGGGCGCCUCUCGCGCACUCCGAGCUCCGUUGGCUCGCCUCCACCAGCACGGACGGCUCCGUCGCCUUCUGGACGUGUUCACGUGACGGCCAGUUCCUCUCACAGCCCGUGCAGUACGUGGAGCGCCUCCGACCCGGCGCCUGUCACAUGAUUUGUGCCGCUUGGUCAGCGGGGGGCGCCUUCCUGGCCGCCGGGUCGGCGGAUCAACACGUGAGAGUAUACGCGUUAGAGGCGGCGGGUCCUCGCCGCGUGUUGGAGACUCCGGCCCACGCUGACGCGGUGGACUCGUUGGCCUGGGCGCAUUGCGGUCUACGAUUCGUGUCCGGCAGCAAAGACGGCACGGCGGCGCUGUGGACGUUACACGCCACUCAAUGGCGCCACACUCCUCUGCGAGUCGCCGACCCGGACGAGCCCCGAAAGUUGAAGGUGACCAUGGUGUGCUGGGACCGUAGCGACGCGUACGUCAUGACCGCCGUAUCGGACAGUUCGGUGCGCGUGUGGUGCGCGCGAACUUGCGUACAGAUCCGCUCCCUGACCGGGCACCGCGACGAGGCUUACGUGCUGGAGGCGCACCCGUCGCUGGCCGGCGUGUUCCUGUCCGCCGGCCACGACGGCCAGCUGUUCGCGUGGCACGCCGAGCGCGACGAGCCGCUGGCGCGCUUCCACAACGUGAUCCCGGGCCAGGGCGAGGGCGCGCUGUUCGACGCGCGCUGGGCGGCGUGCGGCACGCGCGUGGCGGCCAGCGACUCGCACGGCCACCUGCUGCUGCUGGGGCUCGGCGCGGGCCACCCGCGCCUGGCGCGCCUGCCCACCGAGCUGUUCUUCCACACGGACUACCGGCCGCUGGCGCGCGACGCGCUGGGCGGCGCGCUGGACGAGCAGACGGAGCUGCCGCCGCACCUGAUGCCGCCGCCCUUCCUCGUGGACGUGGAGGGCGCGCCGCACGCGCCCGAGUUCCAGCGCCUGGUGCCGGGGCGCGAGGCGCUGCCGCUGGAGCGCCUGGUGCCGCGCACGCGCCUGGACGCCAUGAUCGCGGCGCUGGCGGCGGGCGAGGCGCCGCAGCACGGCGUGUGGCGCGGCGAGGGCGUGCGCCACACGGCGGGCGAGUGGCAGGGCCUGGACGUGCCGCUCAGCACGCGCCCCGUCGUGCCGCCGCCCGCCGCCGCCGCGCGCGCGCGCCUCGAGCGCGACAGCGUGGAGAUGAACGAAUGGGAGAUGUCGUGGUACCGGCGCGAGAUGAGGCGGAGGCCGGUUAUGAUCAGCACUGCGCCCGGGGGCGAGGGCCCGCGGCGUCGCCCCGGCCGUCGACCACGCGCCGCCCCGCGCGCCCGCCCUCCGCCCCCGAGGACCGCGCCGGACGAAGUACCAGAGGCGAUAGAGGACAGCGGCAGCGAUACCUCAGAUGAAUCAGUCCGGCUGUCAGCAUCACGUUCAUCGAGAUCUUCGCGUUCGUCUCGAUCAUCUAGAUCGUCUAGAUCAUCUCACUCUUCGUCCUCCCAGUACUCCGACUGGCAGGCGGGCCCCGCCCUGGCGCCCCCCGCCCGCCUCCGCCGCCGGCCCGUGCCCACCGCCAGGUAUAGUCCAAGCACAACAACGGCGAAACGCAACACAACCGCCGCCGGUAGUUCAGCUAGCACAGCGGGACCGAGCACGGAGCUGCCCGAAGUGUACCGAGUCGGAGAAUGGCUGACAGCCGUGUCCCCGAGGAAGGCUCCAUACCACCCACAGAUGGGUGAUCACUGCUUGUAUUUCCGAUUGGGUCAUCAGAGGUAUUUCGAGGCGGUGGCCGAGAAAGACUUAUACAAAAUACACCCAAGGGAUAAACCUUGGGAGAGGAUACAAAUAUAUGACUGCGAGGCGGUGAAGGUGGUCGGCAUCAAGUACGUAAUAAAGCCUCCGCGGGUCGUCAGCCUGAAGUUACUCCGGGAGAGAGACUCGCGUGCCUUCACCGUCCGCUACCACGAUAUGCCCGACGUCAUCGACUUCCUGGUGCUGCGCCACCACUACGAGGCGGCCGUGGCGCGCCGCUGGGGUGCUGGAGACAGGUUCCGCUGCAUGAUCGACGACUCGUGGUGGACGGGGCAGGUGCUGGAGCGCUCGUCGGGCGCCGCCGCCGCCUCCAGCUGCAGCGACGCCGAGGCCUGGGCCAACGAGGCCGCCUCUCAUUUCCUAUCAUUGCGAGUAAGAUGGGAUAAUGGGGAAGUGGAACGACUAUCACCAUGGGACCUUGAGCCCAUAGACCCAGAGAGGCUGCCGUCGGAGCCGGGCGGCGCGGUGGGCGUGUUGCCGCACGAGCUGGAGGCGGUGCUGGCGCGCUCGCACGAGUGGCCGCCGCGCGCCUGCCGCACCGUCGCGCAGCACAUCUCGCAGGUCAUGUCCCUCUCAGUAGCGGAGCCCUUCGUGGCCCCCGUGGAUCUACAACUAUACCCAAGCUACGCGCUGGUCGUGGCCUACCCUAUCGACUUGGCCACCAUACGUGCUAGAUUCGAUAACUUGUUCUACCGGCGUCCAGCCGCGGCUCAGUUCGACGCCCGCUGGCUGGCCUCCAACGCGGAGCGGUUCAACGAGCCGCACUCGCCCAUCGUGAGGCAGGCGCGGCUUGUCACGGACCUGCUGCUGCACAUCAUCAGUAACUGGGAAACGGUGGACGUGGUGGCGCAGUACCACUCGCUAGCCGCCUCCUACCACUCCUCCGAGGACGAGGUCAUUGAGAAGAAGCCGCGGCGCGCGAGCCGGACGCGGGCGGGGCGGGCGGGGCGCGCGGGGCGGGCGGCGGGCGGCGCGCUGGGCGCGUGGCGCUCCGCGUGCGGCGCGCUGCUGCACGAGCUCGGCGCCUCCGCGGACGCCGAGCCCUUCCGCGAGCCCGUGUCGCCGGCGCAGGCGCCCGACUACUUCUCCGUGGUGUCCCGGCCCAUGGACCUGGGCACGGUGCAGCGGCGGCUCGCGGCCGGGAAGUACGCUCGCGCCGAGCAGGUCGCCGCCGACGUUCGCCUCGUGUUCGCGAACAGCAGGCUCUAUAACACGAACAAGCGGAGCCGGAUCUACUCGAUGACGGUCCGACUAUCGUCCCUCUUCGAAGCUCUGUGGGCUCGCCUACAAGCUACUAUGGAUCUGUACACCUCACGGCCGCGAAGAACACGCCGCGCACACGCACGCACGCGCACGCACGUACGCACGCGGACGCACGCACGCGCACGCACGAGGCAGGCCGCUGUGGAGGAGCAAGCGUCCGCGGCGCCGGCGCGAGCGUCGUCCGCCUCGUCCGCGCACGACUCGUGGGACAGCGACGCGCCGCUCACCUCGCACAGGAAAGGUAAAGGCGUUGGCAAGAAGAGUAAAAGUGCAGCUUCCGCAUCUUCAAGCAGUCGAGCUCCUCCGGAGAGUCUUCCGGCGACAAGCAACGGACUGCCGUCGGAGCCCGAGGGCGCCGCGCGCUCCGGGGACAGCAGCGAACACUCGAGGAUUGAGAUUACACCUAGAUCACGUAUUCCAUCCACUCUAGACAAAGCUUCGCCGUCGACGGUGUACGUGAAGGAGAACGGGGAACGGAACCGAGUGGUUGAGGAGGAGCUGGUUGAGGAUGAAGUGGAGCUGGAGUACGAGCCGCCCUCAUCUCACCAACGGCGCGCAGCAGCGGAUCGUCGCAAGCGGCGGCGCGGACACAGCUCCGCUAGCAGUGCUGCCUCCCCCCACCAAAAAAGGAUUCGCGAGCGGUUCUCCGAGGGCAGCUGGUCGUCGUCGUCGGGCUCCGGCUCGGGCUCCGGCUCGGGCUCGGGCUGGCGCUCGGGCUCCGCGCGGCGCCGCUACGAGUCCGACCGCUCCUACCGCCCCGCCGCUUACUCCUCAGACGACGACGCGCCGCUACUGCUCUACCGGUCAGAACCUGAACUACUCACUCCGGAAUCACCACCAGAAAACUCCAGAGACACUCCCAGAUAUGUUUUGCAAAGACAAGCCGACGAGGAGGGAGCGGGUCCAUCUCGUGUCAACUACAAUUCUCACAGGAGUGGCGGUGUGUCGCUGCGCCGCCGCGGCAGCCCCCGGCGGUACAACGAGGACAGCGAGGAGGACUCCGUGGCCGCCAUCAGCAAGCGCCUGCCGCACCACCACCGCCACCACCUGCAGCAGCAGCGCGCCCUGGCGCGGCGCCGCAGGCACGCGCAGAUCGCGGGCGCGGCCGGCGGCGAGCGAACGACCGCCGGCGACCACAACUACUUCAACGGGCACGCGCAGCACAACGGCACCAACGCUUUAGUUUUAGUAUUAAUUUUUUCUCUUUAUGCCUACAAGCGUAUGCCCCAUUUGAUGGCGCGUCGUCGGGCUCGGGCUCGGGCCCCGUGUCGAUCUCGUCGCGCGGGCGCGUGCGGCGGCUCACGGCCAAGGCGCGCGGCCUGCUGCGCCACUGACGCGCGCCGGCCCGCCGCGUGGCGCGCCUCGUGGCGCAGGCGCGCGCCGCGCUGCGCUGACCCGCGCGCGGCCGCUGCGGCCCCCCCGGCGCGCCGCCCGCGCCCGCGCUGCGGCCGCGCGCGCGCUUCCACUGCCCCAACCCGCGCUGAGCGCCGCUGCGCGUCUGUGUGCGACUACCCUCAACCGGAACCAAAUUGA